CCUCCGCUGGUGGGCCCCGCCCUCGGCUUGCUUCGGUGCCAGUGAGGGGAAGGAGCGGCCCGGCCUGGCCUAGUCCGGCCUCCACCCCCCACCCCCUCCUCCCCCGAGCGGGACGGAAACCGCAGAGGGACCCGCCAAGAGAGCGGGAGAGAGAGAUUGGUGUCGCCAUGGGAACCCGCGACGACGAGUACGACUAUCUUUUCAAAGUUGUGUUGAUUGGAGACUCUGGUGUGGGGAAAAGCAAUCUUUUGUCCCGCUUCACACGCAAUGAGUUCAACCUCGAGAGCAAAAGCACCAUUGGGGUGGAGUUUGCCACCAGAAGCAUCCAGGUGGAUGGGAAGACGAUAAAGGCACAGAUCUGGGACACCGCGGGCCAGGAGCGAUACCGGGCCAUCACCUCAGCCUAUUACCGUGGUGCGGUUGGAGCGCUCCUGGUGUAUGACAUUGCCAAGCACCUGACGUACGAGAACGUGGAGCGCUGGCUGAAGGAGCUCCGGGAUCACGCAGACAACAACAUUGUCAUUAUGCUGGUGGGAAACAAGAGUGAUCUGCGUCACCUGAGGGCCGUGCCUACGGAUGAGGCCAGGGCCUUUGCAGAAAAAAACAACCUGUCUUUCAUUGAGACUUCAGCACUUGAUUCAACAAAUGUAGAAGAAGCCUUCAAGAACAUCCUUACAGAGAUCUACCGCAUCGUGUCUCAGAAGCAGAUUGCAGACCGAUCUGCCCACGACGAGUCUCCCGGCAACAAUGUGGUGGACAUCAGCGUACCCCCCACCACCGACGGACAGAAAUCCAACAAACUCCAGUGUUGCCAGAACCUGUGACCUCCUGGGGCCUCACUCUGCCUGUGCUUCAGUUCAAACCCCGUGUGCACUUCUCCAGCACCUCUCCUCUCAUUCAGUGACUCUCGUUUCCUCUUCUUCUCCACCACAUUCUCCCCCGCCCCGCUUCCCUCCCAUCGUAAGGCAUCACCCAUAGGGCUAACGAUCCCUUGCCUCUGACGAAUCUGUCUGAAUGUGAUUGUUUUGAGGUUUGACAUAUAGGCAUUGAGCUGGCUGUUCUGUGUGCACGCACGUGUGUGUGUGGUGGAAUAUCUAGUGGACAUUGUUGCUCUGAGACACUUGUUAACUUUUUUUUCUUUUUGGUUCUGUAUGAUUGCUUGUUGAAGUGGACGUAUACAGAUUUUUUUAUAUGACAGCAGGAAAAAUAAGGGCGCUUGAGGUGAAGAUUUGCUCUUCUCUUCCAGUCAGGCUAUUCCACAGGUACAAGGGAGACAUUUUAUACCAAGAAAACGCCCACUUCUUUGUUCUGACCUGUUUGCCUUGGUGAAGCUCCCCACCCCACCCCCCAUUCUUAGGCAUGUGCGUGCUCAUCAGAACAGUUUGUUGAAGAGAACGACCAUUCUGUCAUUUGCUCUUUCCCCAUCUCAGUGCAGAGUUAAUCUGGCUGUGUAGAUUUUGCUGCUUCCUGGAAGUCUCCUUCCGUUCUCAUUUCCUUUUCAGUUUGGGAACAAUGAAGUAUUUCUGUCUGCGUGCUGCAUUCUCAGUACUGCCCCCCUCCCGAAACUGCUGGCGUGGCUGCGUUGGGCUGUAUGAAGUGGCUUCUAGUGAUUUAUUUCUGGGUUUUAUGUUAAUCAGGCUAAUGUACAAUUAAGUGCCAGCCUAAUGGCUUUCUUAGAGCCUUUUUGCAAUUUGUAGAAAUCACACAGCUUCACCUGUACCCUGUAGAGAGAGCCUUCCUUGGGCAUCUCCCACAUCCUGUCUCUGCAUGCAGCUUCCCUUCCUCUUGUCCACCCCUGCCCCCACCCCCUUGUGCAAAACAAACAAAAAACCCACCCAACCACCCCAAACCCUGGAGUGAGUGUGAAGCAAUAUUUUUCAUGCCCUGUACAUAUUUCGCACUGGUAACGUUAUUGAAUGAUUAGUUGUAGAGAACCAGAUACUUGGUAACUUCUUUUUGUAACAUUUGAGCCUAACCAUAGCAUCUGGCCUGUUUUUUUUUAAUCAUCUCCCUUGUAGUUUGCCUGCUUCUAAUUCUGACCUCCUGAAAUGCAAGCUCCCAGCCUCCACCCCGUGCUGCUGCUCCUCUCUUGUUCUGUUCCUCUGAGGGUUUUUUUUUUAACAUUGCUGGGGUUUUUUUGCUAAAUGAUUGUAUGACUCCACUUGAUGUCCCAGACAUCUGGCAUCAGCUGGGCUUCGACACCACCCAAACUUAAACCUUGGACUGGCAAGGCUUCUGCUGCCAUUGCCCUGUAGCUGCUUUCCCUCUGGCAAGCUUGAGGAAGUCUCGGUGGCUGCUUCCUUCCUCGCCCUCUCGUUCUUGUGCCACUUUUGAAACGAGAGUGGAUGUUGCGUCAUAUUGUUGCGGGGGGGGGGGGGUCGGCAUGGCUGGGGCAGCUCAGCUAGUGGGGAGGGAGCUGGCAAGGUACCAGCCUGCAGUUGGCCAGCUAGCAGCACACCGCAGCGAUUCUGAAGCCCAAAUCUGGGUUCCUAGAUUCUGGCCCUGAGAGUGAUGAGUGUUGGUAGGCCUGGGAGCAAGGUUCCACAGUUGUCUGCUUCUUUCCUUGUUGGCUGCAAGCCCCCCCCGCCUCCUUUGCAGUGAGUUGAGAACUCACUCAAUCCUCUUAUGUGUCCCUCACUCCUCAGGAUCCCCACAUGUGGCAAAGCUUUUCAUCCUCUAGGCAUGAAAUUAGGGGGACGCUCUUGCCUUCUCUCCUCCCUGCUGCCCUUUCCAAGGGGGAGAGUUCAGCCCCUGCUCCAACAAGAACCUCUUUGGUUAAAGCUGAUGAGGAAUGAAGCUUCUGACUUAGUGGGAGUCUUGCUGAAACAGGAGAUGGUCUCUCCCUGGGAUUUGUGACUAGCCUUUGAGGGCAGGGCAGCUGUGUCAUAACACACGGGGACCGGGGGUGAGAUCAGGAGGACAUUCUUGGAGGGGCCCAAUCCUUUUUCUGCGUAGACCAGUGCUAUUUGCCCCGGCCACAAAGAGGCCCUGCUGGGGUGGGGUCUGCUUGUUUUGAUCAGGCAUCCACGCCUCGAGAGAAGAUUUAAUCUCUGCUGAGUUGCUCUGACCUUCCUGGUCCUUCCUUGGUGGCAGCCAGCUCUGUCUCCUGGGACGGCUCUUUCACUGUAUGAGGUAUUUUCAGCAGCAGGCAAAACAGCCAGUGCUGCUGUGUCUCAGCUGUUUUCUCUCUCUCUCUUGUCCUUGUAUUAUGAUAGAUUUUCUCCCCCCGCCCCUGCCGGCCAUUUCUACCCUUGUUGCAAAUGCGGUCAUUCCUGUGUGACUAGAAGGCUGCCAUGUAGCUGCCAAAGGAAAUAAGUUUGUUCUCGGUUAGAUAGAUGCAUGUCCAUUCCCCCAUCUUAAGAGAAUUGGCACCCAUUAUGACUUUGAGUUGAUUUCCAAAUUGUGGUCAGGGAAUCCAGGUCUCCCUCUCCCAGGCUGGUCCCAUCUACUUGAGCGGGGUGAAUCCUCUGCAAUCUCGGGAAUUUAAAAGCCAGUUCAAUCAAGUUGGAAGAGAAGACUUCUGUGCAAAAUUAAAGACCAUCUUACUUGGACUCUGAGCACUAUUUCAAACAGAGCUUGUGAGAGACUGCCAUGAGCUGGCUUUGGGUGGUAGCUGGGCUGUUACUUCCUGUUGUUGCAAAGUUUGCAGUGGAGGCACCUGAGUCAUUUGCUGCUCUGACACCUUGGCCAGGGAGAGAAUGAGGAAUAAUUCUGGGUGUACACCCACUUAACUUGAAUACUCUAGAAUCUUUGUGUUGAGUAGAGGAAGGUGAGGCCUGGUCGCGUUAAUCUGGAGCAGCCACUGGCUUGCCAGUUGUGUUACUUGCUUACACAGCGUGUUCCACCUCGAGUGAUUCCAUCUUGUGGAGAAGGCAUGGGUAUGAGGACUCUGCUCCCUGUGGCAUUCCUGUGUCUGCUGGAGACGAGCCCUCCCCCCCCCCAAUGUCUCAGAAAGAUCCACUAGCUCCCUCCUGCCCUCACUACUGCGAGGGAUCCUGGUGCUGGCGCACCGAAGGAAAGGGAGGUUGAAACCUUUGUUUCCCUCGUUGACAACCAUGACAGAAGUGUAGAGGCCUGAGAUGGGCUGGGGCUUUGUUGGGCAGGGGAAGGGCAAGCUGUUAGGCCACUGGGCUGUGCCCGAGAGGCCUUCCCAAGCUUCUCCGUGUGUGGUGGUCCAGUGGGUUUUGUGUGCAUGUCUCUUAACGUGGUCUCCUGCUCGGACUUCACUUGAAAGACAAACAUGGUUCCUGUGCAAUAUUACCUUUUUCUCUGGUGCAGACUAUCCUUGUCGCUCCAGCAUGUCCAUCCUGCUCGGAGGGAAUAGGGACGCUAGACCAACCCUGGCACUCAGCAACAGGAGCCAGCCCUUGGGGUCUCAGCUGUGCUUCCCUGCCGCCUUGCCCAUGCCAAGGAUGAAACGGUAGUAGACUUGUGCCUAAGGCCUUGGUCGCAGCCAAGACACACUCUUGGAGGGGGCAGGUCCAUCAGAGGCCAGUGCAGACCUGGGAGUGCCCUUAGAUGCUUACAGAACAAGGCAUUUCAUCAGAAGUACUUCCGGCUGUAGCAGACCAGAGAGCGGGAGUGCUUGUAUUGCAGGGAAGACUCAGAAGGUCUGCCAAGUCCUCUUCCCUUGUCUUUUCGCACCAGCAUUGGGGCCAGUCAAUCCUCUGCAGGCUGGCUUUGGGUUACAGCACUGGUUUAUGGGAGCGGAGGGGGGGAGGGGUGUGUGUUUUUCUCAUUUGCUUCCUGCUGACUCUUCUGUUUAAGUGCAAUUUCCCUUGUAAAUACUCAUUUGAUUUUUGUGCAUGGUUAUUAUGUAUUGUGGAUAUAUAAAGAUUGCCAAACCAAA